CACAGUGGGCGGAGCCAGAGCCCGAGCUGCACAUUCCCUUCUCCCAACAUCAGCCGCUCGGGCCAUUCAUUCCGGGGCUGCAGCGGACAAAGGGCACGGGGAGCUCCAGGCCGAGGCUCCGGGGUACAGAGUACAAGAUGUUGUGACGAUUGAUGUCUGGGGCCCCUGAGACCACAAGAUGAUACGUCUGGGCAAACUGAAGGUUGUACGGCGCCGUCUCCUGCAACGCUAUGAGCACCAGCCAUUUGUAUCAUUGCUGGCGGGUCUGUACAGUUGCCGAUGGAAACGCUAUCAGCGCCAGAAGACAGAGCCGGGACAAUGCUGCUGCAAGUUGAAGGAGCAUCUGUUCUUUAUGGUUUUGCUUGUGGCCUUCUGCCUCUCCCUGGUCUUCUUAUAUUUCUGGCAGGAAGCGAAGAAUGACUACAAUGACUUCGACUGGAUCUCCUAUUUGAAAGUGGGGUACUGGUUCCUGUGGUCCACAGUAGUUCUGGUGGUGGCAGCAGUUCUGUUUGGAUACAUCGCAAUAUUACUGGUUUUAGCAUUAUGUCUGCUCUCAGAGGGCCAACAAUUACAUCUGCACUGGAGCCACAAGAUUGGAACAGUGGUGGUUCUGGUGGUCUCGCUGGGAGCGCUGGUUGUCCUGUCCCAGCUGUGGAAAGGAGAAUGGGACACAGUGAGGCUUUCCUUCCAGGUUACUGCCCCCUAUCUGCACAUCGGCGCUAUUGCAGCAAUGUCUGUUCUUUCCUGGCCAGUGUCUCUGUAUUUCAUGAGGAUGAGCAAUGCGGGUUUUCGGGUUCUGAUAUUAAGUCCUUACCUUGCGGUGCUGCUUUUUCUCUAUCUCAUCCCGCUGGGCAUGUACUCCCCGUGUAUCAGAGAGGAAGGAACCCUGGGGCCCAAACCUAAACUGAUCGGACAUAGAGGGUCACCAACAUUGGCGCCAGAAAACACGCUGCUGUCUUUCCUGAAGACCAUAGAGAGCGGAGGAGAUGGCCUUGAGUCCGACGUCACAUUGAGCUAUGAUGGGGUGCCAUUUCUUAUGCACGACAGCACUUUAAAGAGGACGACCAAUGUAAGAGACGUCUUCCCCAACCGGACCAAUGACAACGCAGCCAUGUUUACUUGGGACGCCCUGGAACAGCUGAAUGCUGGGAUGUGGUUCACUAAGAAUCAGCCAUUCUCCUCCAUGGGUUCCCUGUCAGAGGAAGACAAGCAGCGGUCGUCCAAUCAGUCCAUUUGCAAACUGGCCGACCUUCUACGACUCGCCGGCCGCACCAACAAGACGGUGAUUUUUGAUCUGUACAUGCCGCCGGCAGAUCAUCCCUACAGACACACCUGGGUCAACCGGACGCUGGAAGUGAUCUUUGAGUCGGCCAUUGAUCAAAGACAGAUCUUCUGGCUGUUGGAUGAAAUGAGGUUGUAUGUUCAGUCGGUCGCCCCCGGGUUCCAGCAGACGUAUGGGCUCAAGGCACCAGUAAAGGAUCUCAAGGAAAAUAACAUUGUCAAACUGAACCUGCCCUACACUGACAUGUCCCAGGAAGACAUCAGAAUGUAUGCAGAUGCCAACAUCACUACCAACCUGUAUGUGGUGAGUGAACCCUGGCUCUUCUCCCUGGCCUGGUGUGCUGGCGCUCAUUCCGUCACCACAAACGUAGUGCACACCCUGAAACACAUGGAUAGGCCAAUGUUCCUUAUGACCCCAGAGGAAUACAGAUUGAUGUGGAUUCUGACGGAUGCUGUUUCGGUGCUAGUGAUUGCCCUCAUCUUCCUCUUACACGGGUGGCGAGAGAGAGGGUUACCCUGUUGCCCAGAAAGCCAGGUGAAUCUUAGUAGUGGGUUUUACAACACGUUUAAAACUGAGAUAGACAUGUCAGCCUCAUCAGACAGUGAAGCAAAAAGUCAGCCUACGACCCCCAACAUCAGAAACAGCGAGGCGAGCAUCAGCUCUGCAGAGAAUUGAAAAUUCUGCACCAGGAACCCCAAAACUGUGGUUUCCAGCUGUGGCCAAGUUACUUACAGCUUCCAGAUGAGGAUUCCCACCAAGGACAUGGGUAUUCUGUUCUCUGAAAGCUUGGUGCACAAGUCUUGGUUUCCUCUCCAGGUCUUGCUGGAUCAUUUACUAGAAAAUUCACUUCCAUUGCACUUUGUAGUUUUACACACUGCUCAGACCAGUAGAUUGUUGAACUGACUGGCUUUGCAUGGUGUCCAUGAGUUCUUCAUUGCUCAACAUGGAACUUAGUCAGGACCUGGUGCCUCACUGAUGAGGAACAAUCACAGGGUUCACCUUAUGAUACCUCCUUGCUGGUUGAUCUCAUUUCAUCAUUUACCCUCAAGCCAUGAAUGAUUAGUAGAUAGACACCUGCUGCACAUGGAACUUGUUGGUGGCCUGGACUUGGUGGACCCAUUGACUCAUAAUUGCAUUGUGUCCUUAUCUGCCAGGACAAUGCCAGUGUUGAGUUUUUGGAUGGUCUCUCUACAGUAACUCCAAAAAAGUAUCCUUCUGAUUGGAAAGCCAUUAUUGCUCAACAUACUCAGGAAAACAAAUCAACUACCAAUUUAGGGCUGGCUGGGAAUGGAAUCGAAGGGCGAGUUUGAGCGAUGUGCCCCAUGAUAGAGAAGAAACAUAAGAACUGUAUGGUCCAGAUACAAAAAUACUGAGUAAAUCGAGCUGCCCAUUCCCAGUUUGUGGAACAUCGUGCUAUAAGCAUUCCAUCUGACCUUAUUCCCGGGGGAGCCCUGUAUUUAUUUUCAGAGGUGGUUCUUUUCUUAAUGCUGCCUUGUCUCACCCUCCAUGGGUUGGGAUAGGAUUAUUAGUGUACAGAUCACAGUUGUGCACAAUCCAUUAAGGUCCUUCGGCCUAAACACACUCCCGCACUUUUACAUGGUUGCCAAAGGAAACCCUGGAGCUACUGCACCCCAAAUGUGCUGGUAAUUCUGUGGUUUGCACAGCAGGCACCAGCCUUGUGCCCAGGGAAUUGGAUACAAGUUUAAAAGAGGCAGAGUUUAUUUUCGGCAACAGAAGAAAAAAAAGGCUGAGCACAGCAGAACUACAGGAAUAAUUAGUGUAUCCCGUCACUUUAAGUGCUUUGGUGUUUCUGGUCCUUAAAGGAUAAUUAAACCUUUAAAACAAGUGAAUGUAAAAUUGAGGAGGGGACUAUUCUAUGCACUUCUGCAAUCUACAUUCAUUAUUUAUUCUUUUUUAAUUCCAAGAUAUUAUGGGAUACAUGUACUGUUAAUAGGAAUUCAUUUUGCUACAACAGCGCCACCUGCUGGUCAGUUUCUGUCCAUGAGAAGUAAAGAAAGAAAGAGUUCUGCUUAGAAGAACAUCAGAGUGGUUUUUCCAAACCAUAAUAUUUAUUGUUACUUCAAUGGGUGAAUGUCCUCCCCAGGUUCAUUCCUUUAACUGCCAGGUAAAGUCCAGACUAUUAAUGGCUACAAAAGUUACUCUGCACAUGAUUAAAACAGACUCUUAAUAAACCCCAAAUGCAAAAAUCACAAAAAAAUUGUGAUUUUUUUUUUUAUAAAAUCAGACCUUUCAAAAAUCACAAAUUUCGAAAGUCCGAAUCUGAAAAUCUGGCAUCUCAGACCUGUCAUUU